AAACAAUUGAAGGAUUCAUCACAAAAGAUGAUCAACAGAUAAGGGAUUCCUUGGAACCCGGUUUAUCAGCCGACUUGCUUAUUACCGCCAUGACAGAGCAUCCUCAAUUUUUUUAUGAAUCUGCAACCAAUGAUUAUCCAGAAGUUUCAUACACGGCAGGUCCAGAAUCUUUUCUUAUUUCCGGCGAAAAAGAUGAUUUAUCGUCCGAUUCUGCGCAUAAUGACAAAGAUCUAAAUAGCCUGUCGAUAAAUCCACACCCUUCAAAACGACGAAAAACAUCAAUUUCAGAGUCCAUCCCUCGUCGAAAUUCACAGAAUACGAAUUUUGACGGCCUGAAAUCCCAACCGGGAUUUGCAUGUUUAUAUCCACAAUGCAAUAAAACGUUUGCCCGACUCUACAAUCUCAAAUCUCAUCAACGAACGCAUUCAACCGAUCGGCCAUUUAG